AUGCCAGGGUUUUCGCCCGAGCAGACCGACUCGAUAACGGCAACAUGGAAGAAACGCAAGUGGGACCAUGAGGAACCUAAGACCCUAGCACGUCCAGCAACAUAUAUCCCAUCCUGCCGAAUCGAUCGGCCCGAAUACGACGGGGGCUGCUCACUGCCUCUAUCACGACACCCAGACGGAACAGACGUCUCCUUCCGACCACGAUGUCUCCCUCGCAAGCGCCGACAUGUCCAAGGCCCUUAUCUUACACUGCCAUCCCACCAGCACCAGCAUCAACAUCAACUCCAGCACCCACAAUCACAAUCACCAACUCACCUCUCCCCAAACAUUUACGGCACCCCAAACCAAGACCCAUACUCACCCCCGGUCUCCCCAAAAACUCUCGUCCCGUUGCAGUACCCAACCCAACAAUCUGCCUCCCCCUCUGCGCUCCGCCCCUGUCACAUCUGCCACCGCCGCCCAACAACCCGCCAAGUCCUCGACGCCUACGCUGACUGUGGUCUAUGCCACGAACGGGCAUGCUUCAUCUGUCUCCGACAAUGUGAUAGUGCAUCCUGCGGAGGGAAAUUCGGUCUCUCAGAAGUGCAUAUGCAUAUGCAUACGAGCUCAACCGACGACGCCAGCUACGAUACUAGCGAAGCCCCGAGGAGGAAAAUCUGCUCUGGCUGCGCUGUUGAGGAAGUCACCGAGACUGGAGUGGAGAUUGUGCGCUGUCUUGACUGUGUCCGUGGUGCGGGCUCGUGGGCUGCGGCGACUAUUCCUUCUGAUUGGGCUUUGGAUGAUAUGCGGCAUGAAGAUAUGACCGGGUGA